AUGACUCCUCAGCGCUUCUUCUUUGUCGCCCUCGCCGUCGUCCUGUCGGUGUCUUCGGGCAUCGCGCCGGCCGAGGCCAGCAUCGAUCGCGUCCGCUUCAACCAGAACGCCCUGGCCAGGAGCCACCGCGUCAUGAUGGACAAGGAGGACUUCGCCAAGCGCUCCGUCGACCUGCCCGGCGCCAAGCGCUUCUCGAGGCGCAAGGCCACCGCCGCCCAGCGCAAGGCCCAGGAGGAGCUCAACCAGACGGCCGCCGCGUUUGGCGCCAAGAAUGCAGAGUGGCAGGCCGCCGCCAUGGAGCAGCUCAAGGCCGGCAAGACGCCUCAGACGUUUGACGAGUACUUUGGCGGCUCCAACCAGGCCUCGUCCGGUGAGGCUCAGGCCAGCCCUCAGCAGGCCGACGCUACCCCCGCUCCCGCUCCCACCACUUCCAACGACAGCGGCGCGCAGUCGCAGGACGACGGCGCCGACGAGGAGUGCGCCGACGACGGCGAGGCCUCUGGCGACGCUUCGUCUGGCCAGGGCUCGACCACCGCCCCCGCUCAGCAGGACGCCAACAAGCCCACCACCAAGGUCCAGGGCGCAUACAAGGCCCCCAAGACCGACGGCGGCAACGACCAGGCCCAGCAGCAGCAGCAGCAGCAGGCGCCCGCCCCCAAGAAGAAGAGCUCGCAGGGCCAGGACCAGGCGUCCUCGUCUUCGUCGUCUUCUGCUUCGUCAUCGUCGUCCUCGGGCGGCAACGGAAACGCGUCUUCGUCGUCGUCGUCGUCGUCGUCGUCGUCUUCGGCCUCGUCUGGCGGCGGCGGCGACCACCAGGGCCAGGCCACCUACUACGCCCCUGGUCUCGGAGCCUGCGGCAAGACCAACAGCGUGGGCGACCGCAUCGUCGCCAUCUCUGCGUCGCUCUUUGACUCGUUUGGAUCGGGCAACCCCAACAACAACCCCGCCUGCGGCCACAAGAUCAAGGCCACGUACAACGGCAAGACGACGAUGGCCACCGUCGUGGACCGCUGCGUGGGCUGCGCCGAGUACGACCUCGACUUUACCGAGACGGGCUUCCAGGACCUGGCCGACCUCGGCCUCGGACGCCUCUCUGGCAUGACCUGGGAGUGGGUCGGAGGUGCCCCCAGCGCCCACUAG